AUGAGCAGCCAAGAGCCGGACUACAUAAAUCUCAAGUUCUACACACCUUCCAAGGAACCAAUGGAACAAAGACCUAGGAACAUCAAGAACAAAGAUGCUUCAGCUUCAUCUUUCCACUGGAAGAUCAUCACAGUGAUUCUGGGGGUCCUCUUCUUGGCAGCUUUGGGAACAGCAGUGACGUUAGCAGUCAAAUAUCGCUCCUGCCUACACUGCCCUGACCAGUGGGUGGGUUACAGGGGCAGCUGUUACUUCUUCUCGAGGGUAAAGAAGGAUUGGAAUUCCAGCCAGGAGUCCUGUUCUGCACAGAGUUCUCAUCUCCUGGUGAUCGGUGACGCCCAGGAAAUGGAGCUGUUCCAGGUGAUCUGCCCAGAACCCCGCUGGAUAGGGCUGAGGAACAGAACUAGUUAUGGCUGGGCCUGGGAAGAUGGGUCAACCUUCAAUGUUAGGAAGACCAUGGAGUGUAAGACCAUGGAAUCAGCAGUAGUAGGAGCAGUCUUCAUGGAGUGGCCAGAAAUGAGCAAUGAGGAGGUGACUUACACAGAUGUGAGAUUUCACUCUUCUUCACAGGAGAGGAGGAGCCAAAGAUCUCAGAAGUCUGAAAAGAACCAAAGGCCUCAGAACAAUGAGAGCAAAGAUUCUCCUGCUCCAUCCUCUGCCUGGAAGUUCAUUGGAGGAAUUCUGGGGAUCCUCUGCCUAAUGCUACUGGGAACAGCAGUAGCCUUUGUCUUCUUAUUUUUCCAGGAAUGCAAACCAUGUGAAAGCCAGAGAAACUGUAUCCAUCAGGAAAGAUCUACCCUUCAUCAGGGAAUAACUCAAUAUCAAAAAGCGUACACCACUCCCACUCCCAGAGGGGAUAAAACCAGUUCAUGUCCAGAGAAAUGGGAACCACAUGGACACUUCUGUUACCUCUUCACUAAUGACUGGAAAUCCUGGCAAGAGAGUAAAGAUUAUUGUACUUCUUUGGACUCCAAACUCCUUGACAUCAAAAACAAGGAAGAACUGGAGUUUUCCAAAUCACAAUUACAUGUUCCUCACUGGAUUGGACUAUCUCAACAGGAAGGCAGUGAGCCCUGGCUGUGGGAGGAUGGCACAGCUUUCUCCAAAGACCUGUUUGCAGUAGCCCAAGGGACAACCCCAGGGUGCUGUGUGCUUCUCUCUAAAGUAGAAGCCAAAUGCGUUUCUUGUGAGGAGCCGUACUCCUGGAUUUGCAAGAAGGAGGCUGUGCAUCCAGAACCUGCUGCUCUGGCAGAAGGAAGGAAGAAAAGCCGCUAG